GUACUAAAACUUUCAUUUGAUGCAGAGUUUGAAAGCCCCAUAAUACACCCACUCUUGGAAUGUGAUUGGGAUCACUACCUAUCAGAAAAGAAAAAGGUAACAUUUUGCCCACUUGACUUUUAUAAUAUCGAUCACAUUAAAAAGACAUGGGACAUUUUUUUUUUCUAUUGAAAACUAAAUUUGUUCUACUCAAAUCAAAUUGCUUCCAAAUGUAUUGAUUAAAGUUAUCCUGCUAUUUCUCAUGUUAUCAGAGUCAAAAAUGCUAUUUUUGUCACAUACUGUAAUUGUUACAAAAUGGCACAAUAAUGUAAAAAUCAAGGCCUUGAUUUAAUAUUUUUGGAUAAGCUUUUCAAAUUACGUAAUAUUUCUGGAUAAACUUUUAAAAUGUAAUAUUUUGAUAUAUAUAUUAUUUUUCAAAAUAUGAUAUAUAUUAAUAUUAUAUUAGAUUUUUAAUAAAUAAUUUGAAAAACCUAUCCAAAAAUAUGAAAUCAAUUAAAAGGCUUCUCUAAAAACAUUAAAUUGAGGCCAAUUUCUGUAUGUGGGCAUAAUGUGCAUAUAAAAUACAUUUCCCAAACAGCCCAUGUUUACACAGAAUAGAUGACUGCUAGAACAUUGCAUAUAAACCAUAGACUUUUAUAUAUAACUGAAAUAUAAAACAGGAAAAAAGGAACUGAGGGGUUAUGUACUAAAGUGAAAAUUGUCAGGAUUGUGUAACGUGUGUAUUUGAAAGUUAGAAGCAAAACUGACUUUGUUACGUUUUCCAGUUCAGCCAGUUUUGGCCUUAAAGGGUGACUAUAGUCCCCAGAACAACUACAGUGUAUUGUAUUUGUUCUGGAGAGGAGAAUCAUUACCUUUGGCCUUUUUGCAGUGUCUUUUAAGAGAAAAUGCAGUGUUUACAUUACAGCCUAGGGAUACCAUCACUGGCCACUCCUCAUAUGGCCGCUAAAGGUGCUUCCUGGGUCAGUGUGACUGCCAUUCUGUGUCUCCACCCUCUGCAUGGAGACACUAAGCUUUCUUCAUGAAGAUGCAUUGAUUCAAUGCAUCUCUAUGAGUAGAUGCUGAUUGGCCAGGGCUGUGUUUGGCUUGUGCUGGCUCUGCCCCUGAUCUGCCUCCUUGACAAGCUCAGUCAAUCCAAUGCUGAUCUAUGGGAAAGCAUUGGGAUUGGCUCAGAUCAUAUCUUCUGAUGAUGUCAGCUAAGCAGGCAGAUCACGGGCAGAGCUAGCAGCAGCAACAGACUGAAGUAAAGGUAAUAUUUUAAUAUAUUUGGGUGAUGGAGGGGGAGGGCAGAAGGGCUAGAUGGUGUUUUAACACAAAGGGUCAGGGAUACAGGUUUGUGUGUGUGUGCCUCUCAGCCUCAUCAACGUUUAGUGUAGUAAAUUAGACUUCAUGGACUUGACAAAUACACAAUGUCACAUUGCUAAAUUUUGACAGCUAGUUGAAAAGGAAAUCUUAUAUUGUAAUCCAUUAAAGUAUGAAUCAUGGGAGAAAUUCAAAUUAGUUUUUGAACAUUUACUGAAAUGUGAGACCCUGAGAUCUCUCAUUAUUCAGAUACACCAUUCAAUUGAACCUGGUGACUCUAUCAAUUUUCCUUUGUUAUUGUUUUUUUUUUAACUGGGAAACCUAUUUAAUAUCAAUCCCUCUCUUUUCUCUUAUUUGUUUCCUUUCCUCCUAUUUUUCCUUGGGGGUAGGGUAUUAUUUAAUCUUCAUUAUAUUAACUCACUGUUAUGGAGAAAUUGCAUAACUCUUGUUGCAUAACUCUUGAAAUUGCAUAACUCAUUGUUAUUAUGUUAUACAAUUUUCGCUGUUGUUGCUUGCCUUUCCUGUGCAGCUUAUACGAAACUUCAAUAAAACGUAUUUUAAAAAGAAUUUAAAUUCCAUUUCAAUUGACUUCAAAUUCUUGACAAUUUAUAGUUUAGUGAUUAAUUAUAUUCAUAUGAAACCGAGCACCUACAAUGCAAAGACCUAUUCAUCACCAUCCAAGUAUUUGGAUUUAUCUCAUUGUGCUAAUAUUUACUGGCUGCACUGUAUGCCAGCAUAAUAUUUAUUGACUAAUAUAAUGAUGGUAUAAAUACCAAUUUUUUAUGUUUUAUUAUUUCAGGAACUUAAAGGAGAUACAUGGGAAUUCCCUUCAAGCGUCAUGUGCUUUAUUGAUGGUCAGUUUGUUGGAGAUGAAAAAUCACUGGUGUUGUGGGCUAACACUUCAUGGGGUUACAGAGAUUACCGGCCUUUAGCGUUAUACAAGGCCUUGGCUGACGAUGACUACACCAAGUACAUGAAAGCCAGAAAG